CGUUAGAGCACGCGCGACGCGUCUUGUUCUGAUCCACCAUGUCCGAAGUCGGCAAAAUCCAACGUGUUCCUCCCGUUACUGUCAACGUCGGGCAGGCAUGUCGCAAAUGCAUGAAGGCUGUCGAAGAGGGCGCGAUGCUCAAGAUUUGCACCGGCUGCCGUCGCAUCCGUUACUGUUCUGCUGAAUGCCAAAAGGCGGAUUGGAAGACGCACAAGGGUCUCUGCAAAGCUUUUCGGGAGGCCGAGGGCGAUACACAGUUCUACACCGUAUUGUCUCAGUACGCUCUCGGCGAUGGGGAUAUUGCACCGUAUAGCGCCGAUCGGGUGAAUUACAUGGCGGGGCAGAUGGGCGUGAAGGAGCUGCAUCUUGUAUCCACACGCUUGGGAAGAGAGCUGACCAUCCCCGAGCGUAACAUCGUAUGCUGGCAGCCGCGGUGCAUGACCUGUGCGCGAACGGACCCAUUUAUCCGUGCAGAAGCUGCUCACAAGAAGACUGAACCCGUCCCCCUUUCGUCCUGCCCGGACUGCCAUCUAUCCUUCUACUGUAAGCCCGAACACUGGCAGGAUGCCAGACGCGUCCACACCGAAGUUCCGGACCCGGACGGCCACAACGAGCUCACGCAAUGCGCCCUCCAUCGUCAAAUACGACUGGAUGUCCUGUUCUUGAACUCAACGGGCGAUUCCGAGGGUUUCCAAUACGCGCCGGACCGCACCAAGGAGAAGUGGGUGCCAUUGGCGGACGACGCGACAUGGGAAUCGGAAGUAGGGCCUGUCCUGGCGGAGUCCAUCAACGCGGCGACGCCGGAGGCGGUGGGGAAGUCGAUGGCUUUGGGUCCGAUGUUGAGGUGCGCGACGGACGGCCUGUCGAUGCCGUUGACGAUCUUGUACGCACUUGAGCAUCUGAACUCGGAUGAUGCUUGGACGAGGAAGCAAACUCUGAGUAUUCAUAUCCUGGGCGCGACUCUUGGGAAAGAAAUCAUCAAUGCACAGCUGUUUGAAGAGAUCAUGCACCAGUGUCCUGAAGUGAAAAACUUGCAGAUAACCUUUUGCGGCCCCGAACUACCCACCGCCGAGAAUUGGCUUGACAUGGAAACAUGCCCCCGCUGCGAAAGCUCUCGUCGCAAGCGCCAGCAACGCCUCUACACCCGCACCUACCACGACUACGCGCUACGUCAAGGCUCAGCAUUCGAAGCUCCCGACCUCGCUGUCGCCUUCAAUUCAGGCUGCUCACACGAGGCGAGGGAUUCAUGGGAGGGGACUAUCAAAAUGCUCGUAGCGAGGAAGAUCCCGACAGUGUUCACAUCUUACAAUCGCGAAGAGGCGGAAGGUGAUGCAAGACGAUUCAUUGACGCUGGCGCGACCCUUAAUUCGGCUCUUGGACCUCGGCGGAACCCCUGGGGAAGUCAGGCGUUGAUCAAGGAGCCGCAUCUGGUGACGGGCUUCUACUCGACGAAUGGGUGGUUGACUUGCGGGUUCCGAUGAAGGGACGGCGAGAUGAGGGCUGGCUCAGACUAUUCACCUGGUCUGGCGUUCCUUCUCAAGUCGGCUCGCGCAAUAUUUGGUGAUGCCUUUUCUUGGUCAAGCGUUCUUGGUCGUAUCUUGGAGGUGGAUGAUACGUUGAACAUUGCAUUCGUACCAGAGGUGUGUGCGUAUCCAUAGCAAAGUCCGAACAGUAAUCUACGCGAUAAGUGUCCGAGAAA